AAGGGGCAUGAAAGUAAGCGGAUAACAGCGAGUAACCUAUCUUUAAUCAGCCAAAUCGCAACGCAAUCCAAGGCGAUAGUUCUCUCGUUCACAUCUGUACUUUCUCUUCCACUCUCAGCGCCUUCACAAAUUUCAGUUUAUUUCAAGCUGGAAAGGAAUUUGUCAAAAAAGAGAAACCUCAUCAUUGAACUCGCGAAGGUAUGGGAUCAUAUCGCUAUGCAUGUCAACGAUAGCGUCGUGUCUAUUUCUGGUUUUCUUUUGAAGAAACACGUUCUUAAUGUCUUGUCUUUCAAUAAAUGUAAACCGGUUUUGAAAUGAAAUACAGCAAAAACACCUGACAAACUCGAGUAACCAAACGAACUGAUGUAGUUAUAAUUCGCGUGAUCAUUGUUGUAUACGUAUUCCAUCAUUGUUAUAUAAAGAAUCUUCUUAAAGUCUAUACUGAAAUGGAAAAUUUCUUUUAGUCAUAAUCAAUGACUGCUUCUUUCAUAGGAAACAAUCGCGCGUUACUUGGCUCCCAGCAAAGACCUCUGA